AUGCCGGCUUCCGCCGGAUCUCCCAAGGUGGCGUCGCGGCAUGCGCCCCUGGGGCUCGGGCGCCGAGCUGCGGCGCUGCCGCGACGGAUCGCACGUCCCCGACGGGGAAGGGAGGGGAUCCCUCGGCCCAGGCCAGUCGUCUCGGCGGAUGGCCCCGUCGCGGAGGAAACAUCCGUGCCUGGGCCGGAGCAAUUGAUGCAGGAAACCAUUUCAUUCCUCAAAGAAGAUCUGACUCACCUGUUUGACGAACAAGGAAUCGAUGCCUCAAGAUAUGACGAGGUUGUGGAGUUUCGAGACCCCAUUUCUUCAUACAACAGCAUCAGGGGAUACCUGUUCAACAUUCAGUUUCUGCGCCGCGUAUUCUCUCCCACCUUUGAGCUGCAUGACAUACGGCAGACUGGAGAUUUUGAAAUCACGAGCCGCUGGACCAUGACGAUGGAGGUUGCACCCACCAAGGGGACAAUUCUAAGGCAGUUAUGGGACCCCAAGCUGGUGUUCACAGGCGUCUCCAUCUAUGGGCUCAACCCCAGCAAUGGGAAAAUUAACAAGCACCUUGACCUGUGGGAUGCGAUCGACCAGCAGGAGUUCUUCAGUGUGGAAGGAUUCGCCCAUGUCCUCAGACAGGUCUUCAAUUUGACAAGGGCACCAGACCUGGAAACGCCCGAAUUCAAAGUCCUGAAGAAAAAGCAAGCAUACGAAAUUCGUGAGUACCCAAGUUUCUUAGUUGCUGAGACCAGUAUGGAUGUGGCGAAAGCUCCUGGUGCGGAGGGGUCAGUGAAUCCUGCUGGUGCUGGAAACAACGCAUUCAACAAGUUGGCAGGCUACAUUUUCGGCAAAAAUGAGCAGGAAGAGAAAAUGGCAAUGACGACACCAGUGUUGACCACCAACACAGGCCGCAUGCAAUUUGUGGUUGGGCAGAAGUACAAGGAAGCUGGCAUGCCAACUCCGUCCGAUAAGGAAGUCGCCACGAAAGAGGCAGCCGGGGGGCUGUACAUUGUUUCAUCGUUCAAUGGUCCAGCGUUGGAAGAUCAGGUGGAAAGGGAAUUCAGGAACCUCAAAAGUAUAAUGUACAGAGACGGCCUUGUGGCGGGGGAGGGAUGGGUGUUGGCCAGGUACAAUGACCCUUUUACUAAUCCCCUUCUGAGGAGGAACGAGGUGCUGAUUCCGGUGGCUGGGGGAUUUAGCCUCUGGUGA